CUGUCUCUUUCUUUUUUCUUCGAACUAGCAAUGGCUCCGAAGUACGAACUUUGUGUUGGCCUAAACAAAGGCCAAAAAACAACUAAAAUCAUCCAAAAACAGUACCGCGGUGAACGCAAAGAGAAGGGAAUCCGUCAAGCUCGUAUGAAGAAUAUUCAAACAAAGCACACAAAAUUCAUCCGCGAUUUGGUGCGAGAAGUUGUUGGACAUGCUCCCUAUGAGAGGCGUACCAUGGAAUUGCUUAAAGUAUCCAAGGAUAAACGUGCAUUGAAGUUCUUGAAACGUCGUUUAGGCACACACAUCCGUGCUAAAAGAAAGCGUGAAGAACUUGGAAACAUUUUGGCUCAUAUGCGUAAAGCUGCCGCACAUGCUGCACAUGCUAAAUAAGAAAGAAAGAUAUCCGCUUAACAUCAUUCGGAUGUUUCCUUAAAUUUGAAAUCAUUCACAAGGAAAAUAAACUUUGAAAUCUUAACUAAAGAA